CUCUCUUGAAAUCUAGGGUUUUCUUCUCUUUGAUUUUGGAUUUAUUCUCGAAGUUGCAGAAAUUUAGGUUCUCUUUUUGUCAAUGGACAGUGCCCUCGCCGGCUCGUCCCUAGCCAAGCAGCUCGCCUCCUGCGAUAGAAAAACCAGAGACAAGGCUCUCCGAACCCUAAAAGCAUGGCUUCCUUUGCAGCACCAAGUGCCCGAAGACGAGAUGAAGAUGAUCUGGAAAGGCCUCUUCUACUGCGUCUGGCACGCGGACAAGCGGCCCGUACAGCUCGAGCUCAUCAAUCGUCUCGCUUCGUUGCUCGUAAGUCUCGAUCUUGUUGUUUCCUUGCAUUACUUUGAGGUUUUCUUGCUCACAAUGCGUCGUGAGUGGAGUGGCAUCGAUUUUCUUAGGUUGGACAAGUAUUAUCUUUUGUUUCGGAGGUUCAUGCACAAUUUGUUCCUUCUGUUGAAGAAGAAUUCAUGGGAUAUUGAGCUUCUGAAUCGUCUCAUGGGUGUUUCAGAGGAGAAGAUUUUGAUGGCUAAUGAUAAGUUUCCGGCUCGAGGUGUUAAUUACCAUAUCUCAGAGAUUUUCUUAGAUGAACUCAGGCCUUUUCUUCCAAUCACGAGGGAAGCACUAGAUGUCUUGUUGAGUCCGUUCUUUUCUGUGAUGAUAAAAUCUUCGGAUACGGUUCAAUUGAAUAAGAUUAAAUCCUGCUUGUUUGGUUGCUUACUUAGAAAUGGAAGGAAGCUUUUGGAGCUCAGAAAAGCAGGGGAUGAUGUCGAUUCCACUGAUGAAGCAGUGUUGUUUGGAACGAUAGCGUUGAAUUUGGGUCUUUCCUCAAAGUUCUUAGCUAUGGGUUCUUCUUCAGACUGUCUUCAAGGCAAUAGGAAAGUGUUGUUUGCUUUACAUGAGGAGUUUCUCAAGUUAGAGAAGGAUUUAGAAAAUGCAGGGAUAGAGAUUCCAUAUUUUCCUAUUAUUGGGCAGGAAAUUCAAGCAAUUGAUGUUUCCUCAGGGCUGGUUAAGGUGGCUGCUGUAGUUGCUAAUGAUUCAGCUGAUAAGCCCUUGAAGAAGAAAAAGAAGGCCAAAAAGGCAUCUGAUGGAAAUGGUAAAGAAGUUAAAAAACUUAAAAAGAAUAACAAUGUUGUUCCUGAUUCCAUGGUCUUCAAAAAUGGACCCACCUCUGUUGACCAGAAUGAUGUUGUAUGUGAAGCUAAUGAUGAGAAUUCAAAUGCUGAUGCUGAAGAGAAAGAUAAGGAUGACGACAUCAUUGAAGAUUGUGAGAAUUCAAAAGGGAGCCUGGCAAGCGAUGAAAGUUUGGUUGCAGUCAAUGAAUCUGUGAUAUCAAAUCUACAGAUGCAGUUUGAUAAGGUUGCUUCUGAGGUUGUAAUGGGUGUGGAUGGUGUAAGCUCACUUGAUUCAGCUACAGCAAUGAUUGAUCACACUGUAUCAAAAAAAAGGAAGAGAUCAAAGAGUAUAGAUGGCCAGGUUUCUCAUUCUUUGGGUUUGAGUAGUCCAGGAGUUGUUGGGGGUAGUGCAGUUGGAAAGAGUGGGGAAAAUAGUGCCAAGAAGGUCAGGUUUUCAAUGAAAAAUAACUUGGUGUGGAAACCACAGAGUCCCUUACCUCCGCAAAGUUUGAGGUUACCACCAUCUGUGGUUCCUAGAGGUAGUGCACUUAAAAAAGGGGUUCCUCCAGGUCCCAUUGUGGAGAUUCUUCCCAUAGCAAAAAAGAUGAAGCUGAAGAGAAGUUCUGUCAAGAAGGGGCGGAAGGGUAAAAAGAGUGUUUCCCCUGCUAUGAAACGUUUAAGGAAGUUGAAAUCCCUUUCUAUUUGAUCCAAGUAUGGUAUCAGGAUUGUAUUGUAUCACUUUGAUGCCAGUGCUGUUAUGUUUUAAUCAAUCACCGUUUAAUCAUCUGGCAACUGGUGCUCUGCUGUUCCUUAUUCUACAUUUCAGUGGAAUGCUAGACAUUGUUGCGAUUUCAA